AUGGCGAGUGUAGUCAAGAACCAAGCUGAGGAGGAUCGAGUUCCUGUCGAUAACCUGAAUGCUAUUCUGGCCACCAUGAGCAUUCAGCUAACAGACGAUGAGCUCCAGGAAGCUCUGAAAUCUACAACUGUGGAUGAUGAUGGGAAGGUUAACCUGAAAGAGUUCAUGGAGGGGGUGAAGAAUGUGCAGCUGAAAGCAGGUGCAGAAGGGAUCGUGGCUGAGAGUGAUACCGUGAGUCCCACCUCAGAGCAGAAAAGCAGCCUCCUUUCCGAAGAACAAGUGAAGACAGAUUUAACAGGCAGCAGCCCUGGGGCUGAUGACAGCCUGACCUCGAAGGAAGUAGUGGAUGACCUCCCUCUGACGCAGCCAUCUCCCACGCAUGAAGGAGAAAUGGUUGACGUUCAGGAACUAGGCAACGUUCUGGCCAUUGAAGGCAUCCAGCUCGCAGAAGAAGAGUUCCAGGAAGCAUUAAAAAAUGCCCCGGCGGAUGCUGAAGGGAAAGUGAGCCUGGAAGAAUUUAUGAAACAGGUGAGAAAGAGCCAACAGCAUCGCCAGAGCGAAGAAGGAGUUUCUGUUCUGGACCUUGGAUCCAUUCUGGCCCGCAAGGGCUUCUUUUUGAGUGAAAAAGAGCUGCAGGACGUCUUGGAGAAUGUGGAUUUGAAUGAGGAUGGAACUGUAAACCUCAGUGCCUGUCUCAAAGAAAUCCAAGCGCUCCGAGGGUUGUCAUCAACCAGAAAAGACGCUUUGCCAGGACCUGCAGAGGUGCUCUGCUGCAUCCCCAUGCUGUCCCUCAAGGUUGUUGCCAACACUGUUGCCUCUUUUGCAGAGAAAAGGGUUGCUAUCGAAAACCUGGAGGAAGUCUUGGAUGAAAUGGGCACCCAGUUAACCAACAAGCAGCUCCGCUUAGCACUUUUGUGUCUCGUUCACAACUUCUUUUUGUUCCUUGCAGCGGAUGGGACGGUGGACGUGGAAACAUUUAAGAGAGGGGUGCAUUCGGUCUUGUCAAGCCAGCAGACUGGCAAAAUGGUGGAUGUCAGCAAGCUGGAUUCUAUCCUGGGUGCUAUGGGGCUUCACUUAACUCAGAUGGAAGUUCAGGAGGCUAUCAAAAGGACAAUCAAUAAGGAUGGUACUGUGAAUAUGAAAGACUUCAUGUGGGCCAUUCAAGACCUCCCCAGUAUUCAGGAUGAAAAAGUGGAUAUUAGCGACCUGGACACUGUCCUAGGUGGCAUGGGAAUCUUCUUAACACAGGAAGAACUGGAGGAAGCGCAGAAGAUUGCAAUGAUGAAUGAGGACGGGACGGUGAAUUUGAAAGAGUUUGUAAGGGCUUGCAAUGUCACUCUAGCCCGCUCGGAGAUGGAGGGAACCUAUGUGGGUAAAAAGUUACAUGCAAAGUCCAUCAGGUUUCCAAAGGUAACAGAGAGGCACCACCAAGAGCCACCAAACAGAAUUCCCUUUUCUGAGCCUCCCAGUGAGACGGGCAAAUCAAGAGCAGCAAGGAACCUGACCAAACCACAACUGGAAGCAUUCCGCAAUGCUUAUGAUUCCUUCAACAAGGACUUCGAUGGAACCAUUGAUCUUGGAGCCCUGCAGAGCACGGCCUAUAACUUGGGAAUCAACUUAACGGAGGAGGAAGCCUUUGAUGAGCUGGUGUACGCAGACACAGAUAGAGAUGGAAAGGUGAAUUUCACAGACUUCCUUAACAUCAUCACAGACAGCAACCGCUUCAUCCAGGCUGUAGCCCCAAGGAAAGGUGACAUGGAGACUGUUGACGCCCGAGGGAUCUUGUUAUUUGAGCUUUUGUCAAAGCUUGUGGAGACUUCUAUGCUGUCAAGGAAAACCACUGUGAAUAUUGUCAGCUACUACCGGCAAAAGUUCCUGGAAUCUACUGGCAAGAAAGCUUGGCGCUCCGAUAGCAUUACUGAGAGCAAGUCCGCUCUGAAGAAAGGACCCAUGAAAAAAUCCAAAUCCACCUCGCUGUCUGCUUAUGCUGGUGCUGCCCGUAUCUGCGUCAUGAAAGACAAGGAGUUGGAGGAGUAUGUGGAACAGCUCCGAGAAAAAAUUGCCCCGUCAGAGAGCCCCUAUUCUCAGGUGCCCAUCUUCCCCCUGAUCCCCAACCAAGACACCACGAUGGCAGGAAGGCCAAAGAAGAAUCUCCAGAGGCUGGAGCAGCUGAGGAGGCAGGAGCCCAUCUCCUCUUUUGAGGACCACUUCUUCCAUAAGAAAAGAUGGGUAAAGCAAGAGCCUAAAUCCAACAAGCCCAAAAAGCUCUCCCUCAAUCUCACACCACAGUUGACACAUGGAAAGCGGCGUUUUACUUUCGACAAUCUGGAAGAGAUCCGGCGGGAGGUGAAGAAAGCAACAGACGCAUACCGGAUGGCAAUCGCUCUCCGUGAGCGUGAGAAGUCCCUGAAACUCUGGAAGAGAGUGCGCGGUGCAGAGAUUGGGCUGGACGCGGGGAACCCCAGCUUCUACCAGACCUUCUCCACGUACUCCUGGUCAUGGAACGUCUGCCAGGAACUGCUGACGCCCCGAGAACUCCGAGAAUAUGACAGGAAAACGUAUCAGGACAGCUGCCGGUCAUCCGCUGCCGGGGAAAAUCUGAUCAAGGCAGGCGGGAGGCAAAAAGGAAGCAAGAAGUAG